AUGACUGGAAUAGACAAACAAGCGAUUUCGCCGCCGGUGGUGGCGCGCGGCCUCCAGCUCCUGCGCGAGACGGUGCUGCGAAUCGGCAACUCGGAGCUCGAAGUCGUUGCGAUCAAGGAAAAGCAGGAUCCAACGCUCUCGCAGGGCAUGCAAAACAAGUACUGGAACGAACGCAUCGCGCUCUUGCAGCAGCUGCCGUGGCUCCUGCUGCAUUCGAUCCCAAACGGACUCGCCGAGAUCACGCACGUCGCCUACCACGCCAAGGAGGUCGAGUUCCGCGCCGGCGAGAGCAUCUACAAGCAAGGCCACGACGCCUUGAACGCCUACAUCGUCCUGCAAGGCCACAUCAUUCUGCACCGCAACGGCUCGCGCGACGGCACGUGCAAGUACUUGGAGCAGCUCGGACCGGGCGACUGGUGCGGCGAAGUCGCGCUGCUGGGACCACCCGCGCGCCUCGUUGCGGCAUACGAUACGCAUGCGAUCGCCCAGACCAACGUCGUUUGCGUCGUCUUGUCCGCUCGUGAGCUCUACUACAUGUGUGGCAACUACCGCGAGCUGUACCAAGUGCCGCUGGCGCGGGGCAUCGUUGAGCGGGAGGUGUGCCCGACGCUCCUACAUCGCGUUGGCUUCAAGCUCAAGCUCUUGAGUUUUCCAGCCGGCACCGACUUGAGUGCGCAAGGGCUCGGGCUCUACUGCCUCGUGCGCGGCUCGGUGCUCUGCAAGUGCGAGGCCGAAGAAACAGUGGUGCGCGCGGCUUGGACGUGGUUUGGCGAGCUCACGUCCCUCGCGUCGCCCCCGCUCUCGGUGCACGCGCAAGACACCGUUGGGUGCUACACACUCAGCCUCGAAGAGUACAAGCGGUCCAUUGAGCUCAGUUUGAUCCCGCCCACGCGCAACGACCCGCGACUCCAGGUGGGCACGCGCGACCGCGGCCUCUCCCGCGCCGACCUCUCGCACGCGACCGCCAAGAAGGAAGCGUCUGUGCACUUGUGUCUGUCGCCCAAGCUCGGCGACGCCAGGCCAUUCUGGAUGGCGACCUUCUCCGAGCACAUGGCCGACGCGCUCAUCGACGAGGGCUCGGGCAACGUCGUCACAAUGGUCCAAGCCGACGCGUGGCGUCAAAAGAAGCGCAAUGUGCACCUCCUCCAAGCACGACUGCAGCACCUCCACGAGACGGACAGCAUCGAGUACGCACUCGUGCUCUACGUGCUCUCCGGCCCCAAGCGCGGCGACGUCCACGUCGUCUACAACUGCGCCGUGCUCGGCAACGACCCUGCCGUGGCCUCGAUCGUCCUCAGCGAGCGCGAUAUCGCACCGGCGCACGCGUGGAUCUACCACCGCAACGGCGCCUACUUUGUGCAAGACCUCGGGACCUCGCUGGGCACGUACAUUCGCCUCAAGGACAACGAAGCCACGUCCGUGCGCGUCGGCGACGUCCUCGUCGCGGGCGAAACCGAGUUUACCUUGGAAAAAAGCAUGCGCUACGGACGCGAGCUCGACUGCCUGUCGCUGUCCCUCGACACAAGCAAGCUCGAGGGAGCGUACGCGCCAGCAACACCCGAGGCAUUGGAAGGCGGCGCACUGCGCGGAGGGCCGCCGCCCGUCUACUGGAGCGCACCGGUGUUGGCCCUGCUAGCGCAGUACGCUGCUGUCGGCCUUGUGCAGGGCGGCCUCGCCAGCAUCAAGUACCCGAUCCUCACGGGCUACUUCCAGCUCGAAGGCAACGUGCUGAACUCGGGCAGUGCGCUCAUGAGUCUCGGCUGGUCGCUCAAGGUCUUCUUCGGUCUUCUCUCGGACUGCUUCCCGAUCGUUGGCUACCACCGGAAGCCGUACAUUGUUCUUGGCUGGCUCUUGACUGCGAUUGUGCUGGUGCUUUUGGCGGCCAAACCUUCAGGAGCACCCGCGCCAGAUACCAAGGCGGCGGCCAACGGCGCCGGCCUUACGCUUCUCUGCGCACUCGCGUGCUUCUUCUUCAUCCUCGCCGACGUUGCUCAAGAUGCGCUCCUCGUCCAGUACGCGCAGCGCGAGCCGGACGCUGUCCGCGGCCGCCUCCAGUCGAUGGUGUACGCGGUGCGCGCGCUCUUCAUGGCGCUUAUCUCGCUCGUCUCGGGCGUCUGCCUCAACUCGACGCGCAUGGCCGGGUCGUUUGACUGGGACAUUGGCAUCCAGGUUUUUUUUGCCAUCCUCGCGGUGCCCACGGUCUGCAAUUUUUUCGUUGCUUGCUGCUACCUCCAAGACGAGGCCAAACCCCGGGUGCCACUGCGCAUCUACGGGCGCCAGCUCUGGACGCUCACGCAGAAGCGCGCCGUGUGGCAGAUCAUGAUCUUCAACUUUGUGUUUGGUCUCUUGACGAGCAGCGUCGGGUCGACGGCCGCACCGUACGUGGCCUUGUACUGGGCCCACGUCGAGACCCUCAACGCGGCGCUUCUGCAAGUCGCGGGGCAUGUUCUUUUUGCUGCCGUGCUUUUCGUGAUGGGAGCAUACGGCACGCACUGGGACUGGCGCGCCGUGCUCGUU